AUGACAGAUAUUCAUGCCAGCUUGAGCAGCAUUUAUGAGUCUGGGAAGUACUCCGACUUCACUAUCCGCUGUGGUGAUCGAGAAUCUAUUGAUAAAGAGACCUCAUUAGAAGAGGAUGAUCCCCAUACGGUUGAGCGAAUGCUAGCAUACCUAUACAAUUCUGACUACUGUGAUGGAGAUGACUCUGGACCAGCAGCAGGAGUAGCCUCUCCAGAAAGCCUAGCAUCUCCAGAAAGACCAACCGACGCUCUCGAAGACGAAGAACGAUCCGAUUCGACGUCACAAUCUAUACUGGAGGAACCAGAUAAUAUUUCUGCCACAACUGAUGUGCCAUCAUUGCUCAAUAACGUUCUUGUUUACGCCAUAGCAGAGAAAUAUGGCAUUGCAGAACUAAAGGAAUUGGCGAAAUCGAAGUUCCAAGGUCAAGCCGGGAGCCUCUUGUCUGCGAGGGAGUUCCCCGAGAUAAUUCGGGAAUUGUACAGAUCUACGCCGUCCAGCGACCGUGGACUCCGCGAUAUUGUAUCCCAAGUUUGUGCACAACACGGAAGGACAAUUGUUGACAGCCCAGAUUUGAGUGAUAUUAUCUUGGAGGUUGGGGAGUUUGGCUUGGACCUUCUGCGGGAGGUCCUGAAGUACGAGAAUGGUCGGGUAGAGGAGGCAGUCGCGAGAAAUUCAGCCUUAGAGGGGGAGCUGGAGGAGAAGAAGGAUGAAACUAUCGAGCUCCAACGGAAAUUACGCUCUGUCGGUAAAGUAUUGAAAAAUUCAGCAAAAGGUCUCGAAAUGGGUAGAGGCUCUGAAAACAUGUUUAUGUUUUGA